GGGGCGGGCCAGGAUCACAGCCAAUGGUAGAGCGGGACGGCGCAGCCCGGCCAAUGGCGCGGGCCGAUUUGAUUCAAAGGUGCCUAUAAAGGCAGGCCCGCACGCCCGCACUCACCUGAGCGUGGCUCUUUAAGGUUGCUGCGAUGGCUUUGCGGUCCGACGGCCUGGACGAACUGCCCGCCGCCUGCCUGUCGCCGUGCGGGCCGCCCAACCCGGCCGAGCUGUACAGCGAGGCGCGGCGCUUGGCGCUCGAGGAGUUGGUGACCGGCGGCCCCGACGCCUUCGCGGCCUUCCUGCGACGUGAGCGCCUGGGCCGCUUUCUGAACCCAGACGAGGUGCACGCCGUUCUCAGCGCGGCCGAGCGGCCAGGCGAGGAGGGCGCGGUGGCCUGGGCCGAGGACUCCUUCGGCUCGUCCCACGACUGCUCGUCCGGCACCUACUUCCCCGAGCAGUCGGACCUGGAGCCGCCGCUGCUCGAGCUCGGCUGGCCUGCCUUCUAUCAGGGCGCCUACCGCGGGGCCACGCGCGUCGAGGCGCACUUCCAGCCGCGCGGCACCGGUGACCGCGGCCCCUAUGGCUGCAAGGACGCGCUGCGCCAGCAGCUCCGCUCGGCGCGAGAGGUGAUUGCUGUGGUGAUGGAUGUGUUCACCGACAUCGACAUCUUCAGAGACCUGCAGGAAAUAUGUAGGAAACAGGGAGUUGCUGUGUACAUCCUCCUGGACCAGGCCCUUCUCUCCCAGUUUUUGGAUAUGUGCAUGGAUCUGAAAGUCCAUCCUGAACAGGAAAAGCUGAUGACAGUUCGGACUAUUACAGGAAGUAUCUACUAUGCAAGGUCAGGAACUAAAAUCGUUGGGAAGGUUCAUGAAAAGUUCACAUUGAUUGAUGGCAUUCGAGUGGCAACAGGCUCUUACAGUUUUACAUGGACGGAUGGCAAAUUAAAUAGCAGUAACCUGGUAAUCCUGUCCGGCCAAGUGGUUGAACACUUUGAUUUGGAGUUCCGAAUCCUAUACGCACAGUCAAAGCCCAUCAGCUCCAAACUCCUGACCAACUUUCGGACCAGCAGCAAGUUUGACCAUCUAGUUGACUAUAAGCCACCAUCCAAGGAACUCACACUGGGCAACCUGCUGAGGCUGCGGCUCGCCAGACUCUCAAGUACUCCUAAGAAGACUGACCUGGAACCAGAGGUGCCCACAGAGGUCAGGGCAGAGACCGGGCGCCACGACUCUGCGUCCUCCACCGUCAGUGAGGAAGACUGCUUAAACAGUCACAAGUACAAACUAGAGAGCAGAAGGGCAGUUGAUGUUGCCACUCAGACAGAGCCAGGAGAGGAGAUGCCAACAGUGCGUGCAAGUGACAUAGGGACACAGACCAGGAUCAGCACGGCAUCCACUGGGACCCAAACCACGGUUGCCACCAGGGUAGCCAGCUCUCAAACCAUGAUUUGGUCCAAGUCAACCACCACCCAGACUGACGUGGAUGAGAAUGUUCUCUUUUCUCAGGGAACUCAGUCUAAAGAAGGGUCUCCAGUAUCAAAAAUGUCUGUAUCGAGAUCUUCCAGUUUGAAGUCUUCCUCAUCUUUGUCUUCCCAAGGCUCAGUGGUAAGCUCCAUCGGCUCCCAGACUUCCGUGAGGGCCACCGGCUUCCACAGUCCUGGAUAUCCGAAGCACCUGGGCACCUCCCACGUAGAUCUGUGCUUAAGAGACUCAUUUAGAAACUUGAAUAAAGAGAGGCGGUUUCACCUUGCUGGGAUCAGGUCCCGGCUCAACCACAUGCUGGCCAUGCUCUCCAGGAGAACGUUCUUUGUGGAAAACUACCUCGGCUUUAAUCCUGGAAAUUUUAACACAGCAUCAGUUAAUUUGCUUGCUGUCAGAGAUAUAGCACUUUAUCCUUCGUAUCAGUGACUGUUCGGUGUUCAGAGACUCUGGUUUCAGCCAGGCUUGUAGCAGACAUCACUGGAGCUUAUAACCUGUAUAUUGUUUAACUGCUUUUGUUUUAUUUUUGUCAUGUCUAAAUCAGGUAUUGGACUCCCUGGAUGGUGAAAUGGUUAAUAUGCUCAGAAGCUAACCAAAAGGUUGAAAGUUUGAGUCCACCCAGAGGCAACUUGGAAGAAAAGCCAGGCAGUCUACUUCCAAAAAAUCAGCCAUUGAAAACCCUAUGGAGCACAGUUUUACUCUGACACACACAGGGUUCGCCAUGAGUCAGAGCUGACUUGAUAGCAACUUUUUUUAAAAAGCAGGUGUUGGUUUUACAGUUUAAACACUAUGAGUACAGUUUUUUGCACAAUUUCAACACUUAUAUUUCUGAAAGAGAAAGCUUGGGUGUUUUAAGUUAAUUCAGGUAAGGGAAUCAGGUACGUUUUGCAUUUUUCUUGAUUUGUGUGCUCUUCUGUUUUGGAGGUUUGAAUCACUAGUUUUUUUUAAGAUCGGAAUUCUGUUGAGGAAAACAAACCUCUGAUUCCUAAUUGUUUUUCUCUUCUUUAGAAUAUCUGUGUGCUUAGUACAAAAUAAAUACUUGCAUGAACAGUUUUGUCUGGUGAUUGCCUAAGGGCUUUUUUCUACUGUCUGGCAUUAUUCUCUUUAAUGUUAGGACUGUGUCACAAGUAAAUACACCAUAUAGGUAUUGAUGCAAUUUUUUUAUAGUGUUGUGGUGGGAGAAGAAAUAGACAAUUCAAAUUGUUAGGGGAAAAAUAACCACUUUAUAGUUAGAAGACAUGAAGCUGGCCUCAAGGUCAUAUCUUCCUUAGCAAUAUGAAUAUUAAUGUUAUUAUCUCUAGUUUGAGAGAAGAAACUUCCUGGAAACAGCAAGCCUUUGUCUGUGUUCCAGCUUUUCUUUCUUUUUAUUUUUUUCAUAGAAAAAGCUUGAGCUAUUUAGACCAGGACCUUAGUUCUCUGCUUCCCUGCCAGAGGCCUCAGUGUGUUUUCCUGGAUUCAUCCCUGAUAUUAAUCGUAGUGGCCUCCCGGGCCUAAUUUCAUCAGAUGGGUGUAUUGGCAAUGAUUUAGCAAUCUAAUAUACUGAAGGAGGGGCAAAAGAGGACACUGACAAUUAUCCCAGAUUCCUAGUCCAGUGGUAGGCAAUGUAACUUGUUUCUACACCCUGCUAAUCAGGACUGGUAUGGCUGUGGAAUCCUGUUUUUGUCUAGUCUAAUUUCUAAUUCACAUGGACCCACAAAAGGAAAAGAGUUACGUGAUGGCUUCUUCCCUGUCUUGACUUGGCCGGAGCAGGAGAGAUCUAUAAUAGGUGAGGGUGGUGUCCCUGUAGAAUGCUGAUGCACCCUGAUCGUGAGUACCCCUAGAGGUUCUCAUAUGUGUACCAGGACUCCUUUAUGGCCACUGAGUUAUUUGCCUGGUUAGUGCCAUAACCUGUGUCUCUGGAGCAGAUGUAAGGAAACUGGUCCAUGCCUGGUUGUAAGCAACUCUGGCCUAAGCCUGAAUAAACACUGUUAUUCAAAACCAUUUCCUAGAUUGAGGUCACUUUCAAUGAACUAUCUUUGAUCCUCACAACAAUGUAAUGGAGAGCUACCUAGGUUGGAUAGCUUUUAUUCCUUUUUUUCAGGUGAGGAAACUAAGGCUCAGAUUAAGUAGCAUAUUCAAGGUCACGUGGCUGGUAAAUGGUGACACAAAGAUUUAAACAGAUUUUCGGGUCCUAAGUUCAGUACACUGUCAACAUGACUCUGCUUCUCUACAUGGAGUAUGCAGGCAUUAGAGGGUGCACCAGCAGAAAUGGUGGCUAAUGCAGCAGUGAAUUGAAAACAUAAGAACUUAACCUCAUUAACACGCUUAGAUACAAAGCCCUAAACUGCAAAAAAGUGCUUUAAUUCGUGUUGAAAUCUUAACCCACUGUGUUCUACAGAACCCUUAAUAGGCUUUACAUAAAAACCAGGUCUGUGUUCAGUUUGAGAAACGCAGGAUCAAAUCAAUUUAAACAGGGUUCUUUACUUCAGGAAUGCUCAGAUCUUGGAAGGAGGGACUGAUCAUAGUGACCCACAAGAAAAUCUAAGGUACAAAGUAGUGCAAAUUGAAAGUUACAUGGGAGAAGCCCAAGGGUGGGCGUACAAAUGCAUGCCCCGAUGACUUCCACACUUACUUGGGGUAGGCUCCUCAUUUAACUUCAAGCUUUCCAGUAGCCAAAAGAGAAAAAGACACCUGGUCAGAUGUACCAUUCACAAUGUCCAUAGAACUAAAACAAAUCCAGAUACAGGAAGAACAGUUCUUGGUACUGAGAUCACGUAAGGAUUUCUCACAAAGAUCCUCUCAUACAAAUGAUACUGUGAAGCACUCUGAUAAUAGAUGCAGUGAACCCCACCAGGGCAGUUCGAAGCUGUAGAUGACUUGAAUGUAUUCAGACAUAUAGAAUACGUACCCUAUAUUGUAUGUAUUCAGAUGAGCAUUGUUAUGCUAGGUUUCACUGAUGCCACACACCUAGAAAUAUGCCCCAGUCUGCCUGGCAGAGUCCAGUUUAUGCCCGUUAUGCCCACACCCCAUCUAGUUAAUACCCCUUUUAGUAUCACAAGUGUCGCAGUUUGAACAAUAAAGCAUAUGGUCGUCCUAUCUACAAAGCACCGCGAAGAAUUGAGAUUUCCCCAACUCAUCCAACGCCCCAGACUUGCAUGUUUCUCAGGUCAACAUGAUAGAGGUUCCUUGGGUUGCUGAACCCCUUUUCUAGUGGAUCUCUUUGCACCUCUACCUCUAUCUUCAAGCUAAGUAAAUGCUUUUGCUUAUGCUUAUACAUGUGUGAAAUUGAUUAUGUGUGCAAGCCAACAAACCGGACAGGUUUACAUAUUACAAGUUGCAGAGUGCUGCGUCUUAGACUCGGUAUAAAAUCCCAGUAUAGUGCAAUUCAAUAAAAGCAAUUCUGCAAUUGCAUAAAAAAAGGUUCCGUGUUCAGUUUGAGAAAUGCUGGAUGAAAUCAGACAGGGUUCUUUACUGCAGGACUGCUCAGACCUUGAAGAAAGUCUUAAUGAAGACCCAAGGGCAGAGUCAGGAUUUUUCUUAGGAAGCUAACAGCUCUGGCACAUGAACACAUGCAUGGUUGUAAUGGACAUCUGUUAUUUUUGCUACAGCAAUUCAUUUACUCCCCUUUCUGAUAGACUUACACUGAUUUCCCUCUGAGGAACCAUCUUGUUCCAACUCAGUCCACGUGGCUCUGGUGAAGCUGACUCUGCCUCUGAGUCUGGGGGUGAGCAUGUGACCUGGGCCAAAGCCAAUCAGUACAUCGUAUUUCCUGGCCUUAGUGAUUGAUUUAUGGAGGCAAUGGUGGUUCAGUGGCAGAAUUCUUGCCUUCUAUGUGCCUGGUUUGAUUUCCAGCCAAUGUCCCUCAUGUGCAACUACCACCUGUUGGUCAGGGGAGGUUUGCUGAACAGGUUUCAGCCAGUGUUUCAUUCUAUUCUGCCUGGGGCCCCUGGAAUAGGUGGCUGACUUGAUGGCAGCUAACGACAGUGAUUAACUCAAAUCGGAUUCAUGGCCAGUCAGAUACGUUUGCCAGGGACUUUUGGAAAGAGUUUUGAUGCCUGAAAAGAUGUGAUAGCUGGAGUUGACAUGGCCGUCUUUUUACCACAUGACACCUGUGUCAGGAGAAGGCAAAACGAUAUGAUCAGAAAUGAGCCCUGAUUAUAUCAUACGCGCAGAUACACCUGUCUCAAGUCAGAACUACUCUUGGACUUUUUUGUUUAUGUGAGCCUGUUUUGGUUAAGGGAGGUUGGGUUGAGUUUUCCACCACUUGUAUCCAAAAAAGCCUUAACUGUACAAAGAUGAAAAUACCUAAAUUCAGUGCCUCCUAAAACAUGGGCAAGAUGGUAAGUCUGGAGAUAUUUCAAAGCAGGAAAUACAGGUUACCUACCAUAGACACAGAAAACCUUUAUAACAUACCCAUGAAACAUGAUUUUGAGGAACAUCUUCUGUCUGGAAAACCUAGGAAGUUGCCAAAUGUACCUCUUUGUAACAAAAUGAUCAAACUUUUAUAGAAUUGGUGGCAAUGAACUAAAUAAAUUUCAGAUGUCAUCUCAAGAUAUAAUGGUUUUAAUUUUAGAGUAGUUAUUUUUGGCCUUUCUGAAAAUAGUUAAUUGGGAAGACCAAGAGUCUAUUGAGACCGUUCCUAGUUUGUGACAAUGAAACCAUACCAUCAACAUCUAGGUCAUCGCUUAGGUGUUUUCUUUAAUAGAAAUCUGUGUAAGCAAAACAACUUAUUAGGGACAGUUGGGCUUUGAGAACUUCCCGAGGUAGACAAACUAACUCUCACCUAAGAGAGUUUAGCACUAAUAGUUUUAAACGGCCCAUAUGGUUGAAAAAGCAAUGGCCUAGGUAUUAGAAGGUUUGAGUUGUAGCUUCAGUUCUGAUGCUAAAUUAGCUCACUGAUUCUGACUGAGUCAUUUUAACAUCCACGGGCCUCUAUUUUCUCAUUUAUAAAACAAGAAAUUUAAGCUAGAUGUUCAUUAGGGUCUCCUCCAGCUUUAAGAUUAUGAUGAUAAUUUGGAGAUGGCAAAUCUACUGUCUUGUUGUAAAGAGUAAGAUUUCUUCAUGUAUGUCAUGAGUGACUUGUAAAAUACAGGCAUAAUAAAGUGACAUUAAUAUUCCCUUGUAUUCACAUAUGAAGGAGCCAUGGUGGCGCGGUGGUUAAGCAUUUGGUUGCUAACUGAAAGGUUGGCGGUUCAAACCCACCAGCAACUCUGAGGCAGAAAGAUGUGGCAGUCUGCUUCUGUAAAGAUUUAUGGCCGUGGAAACCCUAUGGGGGCAGUUCUACUCUGUACUACAGGGUUGCUGAGUUGGAAUUGACUCUACGACAGUGGGUUUGGUUUUUUGGCUCUGGUGGAGUCAUGUAUAAAUCUUGUGUUCUAUACUUGGGCCAAUAGUGAAGUUAUGACAAAAAUAAAACAAGGGAGGAUCAAUAUCAAGAAUUAAGCAUAAAGCAUAGUAUUCACAUAUACUUCACUCAAUAGGCAGUUUGUUAUUGGGCUAUGAAUAUGAAUGUGGCAUGGUCCUUGUCCUUAAGAAGCUCCCAGUAUAAUAGUGGAGGCACGCACGCCAGCUAUAUUUCAAUUAAAUAAGUUAUAACAAAGGUGAGCAUGCAGAAUCUGAGUCUACAGAGAGGGAAUACUUAAGUCUGAUAGUGAAUUUAGAGAAGUCAUCUUAGAGUUGUCCCUUAAAGGAUAAGGAUAUUUUAAAGGAUGGUUGGGGAAUUCUAGGUAGACGGAUUAACGUGAAUGGAAUGUUAUUUUCAUUAUUAUGGAGAUAAAGGAGAUAGUUGGAAAAUGUAUGCACAUAAAUUCAGACUUUCCUUUUUUCUAGUGAAUUUGCUGUUUGAAUUAAGAUGUUGAGAGCUAACACCGAGUGCUGUUAUAUCUUGCACUGUUAGGUACUCUAUAUGUUAUCUCAUUAAAUAUAACCUCUUUAUGGUGGCAUAGUGGUUAAGAGUUCAGCUGCUAAUCAAAAGGUCAGCAGUUCAAAUCCACCAGCUGCUCCUUAGAAACACUUUGGGGCAGUUUUACUCUGUCCUAUAGGGUCACUAUGAGUCGGAAUCGACUCCAUGGCAACAGGUUUUGUUUUAUACCUCACUUUAUAACUAAGAUUAAAUGACACCUUGUUGUUGUGUGUCGUGUUAGGUGCUGUUGAGUAGGUUCUGACUCACAGCAACCCUAUGUACAGCAGAGCAAAACACUGCCCGGUCCUGUGCCAUCUUCACAAUCAUUGCUAUGUUUGAGCCCAUCGUUGUUUGAGUGCCUUCCAUCCUGAGGGGCUCAUCUUCUGGCACUAUAUCAGUGUUCCUCUGCUAUUUAUAAGGUUUUCACUGGCCAAUUUUUUCAGAGAUCACCAGGUCCUUCUUCCUAAUCUUAGUUUGGAAACUGCUGAAACCUGUCCACCACGGGUGACCCUGCUGAUACUUUAAAUACUGGUGGCAUAGCUUCGAGCAUCACAGCAACACAGAAGCUACCACAGUAUGGCAAACUGACAGACAAGUGACAGCUAGAAGACGGCAGAGCUAGAUUCCAAGUCAUGUCUACUUGGUUUCAAAGCCCCUGUUCUUUCUUUGACUAUGCCAUUUCCCUUAGACAAAGCAGAACUUUUUUCACAGCUCUAAAAACAUAUUCUGAAGCCUCUCUUACUUGCAAUUACUUGUGCCUAUCUAUAAACACUUCCUCCACUUGAGUCUAUUAGACCUCAUUAGCUCUGUUUGGAUCAGCAGAAUCUCUCCCAAGCUUGUUGACCAUAAGAAUCCUUUAUGGAACUUUCUAGAAAUACAGAUUCCUAGGCUAUGCCCCCGGAGAUUAUGACUCAGGAUUAGAUUGGGGGCCUAAAAAAUAUAUUUUUAACAAGCAUUUGAUUUACAUGAUCAAAGUGGAGGAAACACUGGGUUAGGUAACCUACGUAUUUCUAGUCUUUCCUUCCAACCCAUUUUUUCUCCAUCACUCCUGAUAAUCCUAAAGCAGAGGUCUACAAUCCAAAAUCUUAAUCUUAAAAUUCAAGGCCUUCCAGAAUGUAGGCCCAGAUUACUUUUGCAAUUUACUUCUUACCACACCCUUUCACACACCUUGACUGACAGAACUGUUUCUGGCUCUCCUCCCACCCAUGCUUUUACCCUACUUCUCCAAAAGGCUCUGCUUAAAUAAUCAUAGUUGUAGAAAGCCUCUCCGGAUUUCUGUACCUGGAAACCAACUCUCCUUUUGCAGACUCCCAAAGACUUUCAGCACUUCUUAUCUUCCUAGUAACCAUAGGAUUAGACUGUGCUCCCUGAGGGACAUACUUGAGUCAGACUACAACCUGUUUAUCCACCAAAGACUUUCUUUGCAUACUGUUAUUUAGUUAUCUAGUGCUGCUAUAACAGAAAUACAAGUGGAUGGCUUUAGCAGAAAUUUAUUCUCUCACAGUGUAGGAGGCUAGAAGUCCGAAUUUAGGGUGCCACCUCCUGGGGGAGCUUUCUCUCUCUUUGGCUCUUGGGAGGGUGCUUGUCAUCAAUCUUUCCCUGGUCUAGGAGGUUCUCAGCACAGGGGCCUUGGGUGCAAAGGACGUGCUCUGCUCCUCAUGCUUCUUUCCAGGUGGUGUGAGGUCCCUCUCUCUCUGCUCUCUUCUCUCUCCUUUCAUCUCUUGUAAGAUAAAAGGUGAUGUAGGGCACACCCCAGGGUAACUCCCCUUAACAUCUGAUCAGGGCUGUGGCCAGAGUAAGGGUGUUGGCAACCCACCCUAAUCCUCUUUAACAUAACCUAAUCUGGCCUCAUUAACCUCAGGCAGAGAUUAGGAUUUACAACACAUAGGAUAAUCACAUCAGAUCACAAAACGGUGAACAAGCACACAAUACUGGGAAUCAUGGCCUAGCCAAGUUGACACUUUUGAGGGGGGGCACAAUUCAAUCCAUAACACAUACUUAGUGCUUAAAUAUGAUUACUUUUCAGU